UUCAACAGUAUUUAAUUAUAAAGGUAAAUACAGUAUUAUUGUGCUUCAACUGAGAGAAAAUACGAGAUUUUGAUAAAUACACUGUUUAAAAGGCAAAAAGUCUACAUGGUUCUAGUUUACUCCAUUGGUUGAUGCUGUCCGUUGACACCCCCUCCCCUUUCCCCCUUACUCCACGUUCGGUCUUCUCCGGCAAAUGUCGUCACUUUACGUGCUCUUCGUAUUGGUUCCCACGCAGCGUCCUUCCCUGAGCCAUGCUGAGCUGGAAAAUGGCUGUGUAGUGGAGCAGGAGACGAACGGGAAAAGAGUGGAAGAGAGAAAGAGCGAGAGGGGAAGCGAAGGAAGGAAUGAACUCUGGAGAUCUGGAGGCUGGAACUUUUCUGCAUACAGUGGCGUUAUGUUCUGCUCGUAAGAAUCGCCCGGAAUCCUUCGUGCCAACCGGAGCCUUUAAGCGCCGCUGCCUAAAAGUGAGAUGAGUGAAGAAAAUGAUCGGCGGGUUUUUAUGUCAGUCAUAAUCCUAGUUCAGAACAUGUGGGAGUGUGAGAGAAACGAAGAGGAUUAAACAUCAUCCCACUCGGCUGCUCAUCUUCCAAUCAGACUACUAUCUGACAGUAGAAGGCCAGCAACACAAGCCAGGACCUUCACCUGGCAACAUCGCAUUCCCUGCUGCUCCUACAGCACUCAGCCAGCAAGUUUCCGCUGCUUAAAAGAGCAUGUUGCCAUCGCUCUCCCUCUGCUCCAUCAUCUGGUUGAACCGGGGAAUCAAGCUGAGGAAACUGCACCUGUCCACCAACACCGGUCAGAUCUGAUACCGCUGCGCCAUCAACACUACGGCAGCAGAACAAUAUCGUGUUAAGUGAAAAUGCUUCUAAGCUUUGGGUGACUGUUCUUCCCAUUGUUCCCUCUCCAUUCCCCUAAAUUUAACUAAUAUCCACCGCCUAAUUUCAGUGACUUAGAAACUUUCUUGAUACCAAGGAGGUUUUUUCUUAUCUUUUUGUUUUUGCUGUGGGACUCGACCUGCGCCAUUCCCACCCUCCAUUUUGAGUUUUGUUACCAAACAAAAUGGCAGCAGAGGAUUUUCAGUACCGUGCUCUCUACUCAUUCACCAAGGACCAGGAGGAGGACUUGGACCUGCAACCUGGUGAUCUCCUCCUAGUCAGCAAGGCCACUCUGUCGUCCACUGAGAACUACCAGGAGGGAUGCGAGGAGCGACCAGAGUGUCUGGGCUGGCUCCUCGGGUACAACGAGCGCACUAAGCAAAGAGGUGACUUCCCAGGGACCUAUGUUGAAUACGUUGGCCCAGUCAAACCAGUGCUCCCAUCUAGUCAACCUAGGUCACAACGACCACUUCCUGCUGCUCCAAGACCAGAAUUCUCUCAAGCUGUUUCUGUCCUGGACCUGAGUGAGCAGUUCACACCACCAGAGACGGCUCCUCCAGCUCUGGUCAGCCUGAUCCAAGCCAUAGAGAAGAGAGGUCUGGAUUCCAAGACCUUGUACAGGACAGUAGGCUCCCCAGGAGCAGAAAGUCCAGGGUGCACCCUCAGCACAGAGAGCGAAGCUGGUCAAAAAGACAUUGGUUACCUCUCUGAGUGUGUCCUGCACUACCUGAGAGAGCUUCCUUCACCUGUCAUCCCUGCCUGUAUCUACCCUCACCUUCAGACUGUUGCCACACUGCAGCAGCAGGGCCUACAACAGUCAGCAGAAGGAGCUGUAGCUGCGAGCCAUGACAGAGAGGUCAGCCUCGUCCUCGAGCGCUCCACCAACAUCCCUCUCCACAACCGUCUCACCCUGCAGUACCUCCUCACACACCUGGCCAAGGUCACGCAGGCCAACAAUGGUCUAGACUCACACACACUGGGAAACAUAUUUGGACCACUGAUCAUACGGACUAGCCCCACAUCAUCUGGCUCAUCAUUUGAUGAGGAGUUUCCUGCUCUUGUGAUGGAGAGGUUGUUAAUAGAAAGAACAACGGAGCAGAACCUCACACCUCCAGAUCUUCCUGCCAAGCCAUCCAAGUCAAAAAUGACACCAUCUGCCAUGACAGACACAAGCGGCAUGCUGACCGAGGCUGAGUGGUACUGGGGAGAAAUCUCCAGAGAGGAGGUGAACGAGAAGAUGAAAGACACUCCGGAUGGCACCUUCCUGGUCCGGGAUGCUUCCAGUAAACUAGAGGGCGAGUACACACUCACCCUGAGGAAAGGAGGAAACAACAAGCUCAUAAAGAUUUACCACAGAGAUGGGAGGUACGGUUUCUCUGAGCCUCUCACAUUUCUGUCUGUAGUGGAGCUAAUCAAUCACUACCGGCAUGAGUCCCUGGCCCAAUACAACGCCAAACUGGACACCAAGCUUUUUUACCCUGUCUCCAAAUACCAGCAGCUGGUGAAAGAGAACAGCAUAGAGGAAGUGGGAGAAGCUCUGAAGGUUUAUCAUGAGCAGUAUCAGGAGAAGAGCCGGGAGUACGACUGCCUGUAUGAGGAAUACACCCGCACUUCUCAGGAGCUGCAGAUGAAACGUACGGCCAUUGAGGCAUUCAAUGAGACCAUCAAGAUUUUUGAGGAGCAGUUUGAGACUCAGGAGCGCUUCAGCCGAGAAUCGCUGGAGCAGUUUGAGCGUGAAGGCAACGAGAAGGAGAUCCAAAAGAUUCAGAGCAAUUCAGAGCGCUUGAAGUCCCGCGUGAAGGAAAUCCACGACAGCAAGCGCAAACUGGAGCAGGAUCUGCGACACCAGGUCUCCGACAACAGAGAGAUUGACAAGAAGAUGAACAGCCUCAAGCCAGAUCUCAUGCAGCUCCGCAAGAUGAGAGACCAGUAUUUGAUAUGGCUGACGCAGAAGGGGACAAGACAGAAGAAGAUCAACGAGUGGCUGGGCAUAAAGAACGAUGCUGAUGACUCCUACUCACUUGAGGACGACGAGGGCUCGCCCCACCACGAUGAGUGCACCUGGUACGUUGGUGACAUCAAACGAUCUCAGGCCGAAGACAUGCUUCGUGGUAAAUGUGACGGAACCUUCCUGAUUCGUGAGAGCCAAUCACAGAAGGGAUCCUACGCCUGUUCUGUAGUUGUGGACGGUUACACCAAACAUUGUGUGGUCUACAAGACGGCCACGGGUUACGGAUUCGCUGAGCCCUACAACCUCUAUUCCUCCCUCAAAGACCUGGUGCUCCACUACAAAAAUGUCUCUUUGGUCCAACACAACGACCACCUGAAUGUAAAUUUAGCCUACCCUGUCCUGGCCUGCUCUCAGAACCAGAACCAACACCCAAGAUGAAUUACCCACUUGCAGUGUUAGAUGCCAACAGGGUGGCCGUACUAAAUGUUCGAGCAGAUGCAGCGAAACAAACCUAUCGACGUCUGAGCGUUGCCCGUUAGUGUGUUCACAGAGGCAAAAAGACUCAAAAGCUACAAUUUAAAAUUCACAUGUUUUGACUGGAGUCUGGUGUAAUUUUUUUUGUAACACACUGACUCCAGUCCAGCAGAGGGCACUCCUUGCUUGCUAACGGCAUGGCUUUAAAACAAGCACACUGCUGGCAGUAACAGUUAGUACUGUACAGUUAGCUCGGCUGAUGCAGCUCUACCUUGACCAGAGUGAUGCAUUAGCCAGUCAUGACUGUACAGAGAAAAGUGUGAGAAAUACAUUUGGUACAGAGAAAAGACUAAAAGGAAGAGCAAAUAAGCACACACUUUCAUUUUAGAGAUCAUUAAGUGGAGGAGGGAACCCUAGAUGGGGUGGGUUGGUGGGGGGGAGGCACUUUUUUUCUUUUGUGCCUUGAACACAUGAUGUGUGCCCACAGACAAAGGUCUUAUCUGUCAUCGCAAGACUGCCUGCAAACUUUGUAGACAAAAGCCUGAGCUGUCAUCCACGUAAAACUGAUUGGCUAAAGCCGGCCGCACGCAUCACACCUGCAGAAGGCGGAGGACCCGUGGACCAGACGGCAGGUGUAGUCACUGGAAGGUGUGGCCGAUGUUUCAGUUGGCUUUUUAAAAUGGAUUUAUUCAGAUGAAAGCUUGUUUAAAGUGCCAUAGCAAUAGCUUUGAACGACCACAAGCCUGUGUUUCCAGAACGGGGGGGGGGGGGGGGGGGGAGGAAGAAGGAAGGAGAUCAUGGUCUCCUGUUGACAAAGACAAAGCUACAGCUUUAAAAAAAGAAAUUUUACACAAAUGUGCGUUUUCUUUUUCUUUUUUUUCUUUUUUUUGAAACGCUCUUUAUUUCCAAAUGUUUUGGCUCGAUGUGCUCUCUUUCUCAGCACAGCCUCUUUCUGGAUUGACGAGGUACAGCUCUCGAUAAUUAAAGCCACAUGUGAUGGUGCAUGCUAGAUCUUUUUUGGUGUAUUGUGAAUAUGGACGUACUUUUACUCACAAUACACUAGCAGUACUUUGGUAAAUGCAGUUAAAUCAUGUUUCCCCACAUGGAAAUUUAGGAAAGUCCCAUGCGUUAAACGUGUCUUUGUUUCCUAUCGUUCCUUUCUUCUGAAUCUUCUUCCUUCUUUUUUUUUCAUCUUGGUAAAUACUGUAGCACCUGUAGCCAUUGACUUAACUGUUAGUUCUCCUCACGAGUGUCUCUGUUGUGAUUGAUGAAGACACUCGCGGAGCAUGAAUCUAUGUAAUUAUUAUUGUAUCUUCAGUACUGUAUUUGCUUUAAGACUAGACUGACUUAGCGGUACAGUGUCCUUGCAGAUGUUUAUUUUUAUGUUGUGUUUUUUUUUUUUUUACUCAUGGUACUUCUUCCUUUCUAAUGCUUGACUGUUCAUUUCAUCACGAGCUCGACUCACGGAGUUGUAGAAUAUUGAUGUACGUAAAUAUUUUGGAAAGAGAGACAGAGCGGUAUGAAAACUCGUGUACACUUCCGUCACACAUACAUUCACAGUAUGUGGAUUUCUUUUCUUUUUUUUUUUCGUUUUGUUUUGAUUAACCGCUGUGUCUCCGUACGUUCUCUGCUUCUAGAUUCUGAAUAAGGAUGCACAGUAUCCAGCUAAUGUGAGCCAAAUGAAGGAAUGAAGUGUUUUCCUGUAGCAAGAUAGAAAAGAAAAGAAUCAGACCUUUAUUCAUUCAGUAGCCUGGCCUGGGUGGUCUGACGUUCUGUUGUGGUUCACAUGAAUAAGUCCUUCAUUUGGAUAGCCUUUUUUUGUAUUUGUUGGUUGACAGUUGUGCUUUUUUAGUAGAGUAUGUACAGUGAGAUGUGUGGUGACUCUAGUGGCGCUACGGACACCACGCUGAUCGAUGUGUUGUAGAUAUACAGUUCUCACAUCAUUUUAUUUGAUGAAAUGACCACACAGUACCACUUCUGUUUGCAACCCAUUUGUAUGAAAGUGCUGAUGAAUCAAGUGUGGCUUCGUAGACUGAUUCAUCAUUGAUUUGUUGCGAUGACUUUGUUAGUUAGUUGGAUCCAAACUCCAAUUUCAAAUCUGUUGUUUUAAAAUCCAGUUAAAACUGAAUUAAUCCACAGUGAAACAAAGAAAUUACAUUCAUUUAUGUCAACAAACAUCAAAAUCAUAAUAUUUAUAAUAAUAUUAUUAAGUCCCACAGCACACUCCAAAAAGUCAAUACAAGAGAGUCCAUUCUAUUCUAUUAGCAGUGGGGCUUCAGAAUACAGUACUGCCAAAGGUCUGAAGGUCACACACAUUCAGCAGCAGUUUCAACCUGUGGCUUUUUCCACACUGAUUCCUUCUGAUAUUCUAAUAGUUUUCACAGCACUGUUAAGAGUACGUGGUGACAGGCUGACGGUCUUUGUUCGCUAACAUGUAGAAAUGUUGUUUUCAAAUGGACUUACAGUGACAGUUGAUGGUCCCACCAGUUACUUUGUUAACUGAAAACAUGCUAUUUUUUUAUUAUUGGUACAGUAAGUGUUUAAGUCAAUUACCAAACUACAGGAUAUUGGAUUUUGAAUGACUUUUUGGAAACGGUAUUUUUACAUAAAGUUGGCUUGUGUUGCCAAAAAAAUAGUAUUUUUAUAGAAAGACAUAGUAGUUGAGGGCAAUAGAACGUUUAGACAAAAAUAUGCACUGCUUUAAAAGUUACAUUGGUUUAUUUUUAUUGCCUAGGGUUGAAAAGUUGAUUCGAAUUUUUACCUGCUUUUGUCAUAGUGGUCUAUUAUUAGCCAAUGCUAAACUCCAUUUAACCCAUUAGGUGAUUCAGGUAACAGCAGUUUAGCACAACAGACCAGUCUUUUCUUCAAAUAUAAUGUAUUUCAGCAUGAAAACUUUUAACACUUUUUUUUUAUUUCUGUCAGGACAAAUCAAUCGUACUGUACUUUGCACAAAAUAGAAAUCCCUAGAAUUUGAUUCCGACGCUUUUGGUCAGAGGGCUAUAAAGUGAGAACGGUUACACAGAUUAGAAGUGCCUUUGGUCAUUAUGAUGAGCUUGAUAGAUUUAAAAAAAAAAAAAUCUUCUCCUUAUUGUCACUGGAGCAACAGCUCCGCUAGAUGGUGCCAUCACCACACAUGCUGCAUCUCGUGGUUCACGUGUAUCUUUUUUUUCUGUCUAAAACAUAACGUAUUCGGCAGAUGGUCAGAGAUGUGUGUUGGGGUGUGUUGUUGGCAGGGGGAGGGGUCAGUUUUCAGUUGUGCCUCUCUGUUACAUCUGUGUCACUGUUACACUUCCCUUUAUUUAUUCAGUCAGACUCUCCAGUGGCUGAGCUCGCUUUCACUCAUUCGUUUUCUUCUGUUUUUUUGUUUUGCUCGAUCAAACUCAGAUAAGACAGAAAUGUGAAGUGUACAUAUCCCAGGCUAAGUUGUUCAGAGGCUUCACGGAUAAGCUGUCAAGGUGACACUUGGUAAACAUUUCCCCCCCGAGUUUAGAUUCACAGCCUGCUCACACAUCCAGUUUGUUGGACCAACAUUUUUAAAGACUGCACUUUGUUCCCGUUUCGCACGCUGAGUGCCAGCGGUGCAACCUUCAGUAACCACAAACACACAGAUGUCAGUGAAGCUCAGUUAUUGUGGUGUUUUAGUCACUAGUCCCAGGUCUGUUUCCACACACUUUAAUCAUGAGCGACUUUCCUUUUCUCCUUCACACCCUAUGAUGAUGUAUAAGCUGUCGUUGUGUGCAGUCAUGUGAUUGUGAUGUUUUUGUAUAAACUCUUAUGCAAUUUUGCGUCUGCUUGGCAAAACUGGACAACUGAACAAGAUGUAUAAACAUGAAUUUUUCUGAACUGCCCCCCUACUUCAAAUUUGGUCGCAAAGACGACAGCAGAAAUCUUGCAGUUUUAAGGUGAGAUGUCACUUUAUUAGAGGAAAGGCUUCUUUAUUAAUUAUCUUUGUUGUGACAUCUCAGACUGGUGGCCUGCAGAUUUAUUUCCACCUCCCUAUUUAACUUGUCUUAUUUGUAUUGUUCUUGUGACUACGCCACAUAUAUAAUCGCAGUACAACUGUUAGCUAGGGUGUAGGUUAAGGCUAAAGCCAAUACAAAGUGACAUUUUACUCAGUUGAACUUUAGAA